AGCGUGACUUGAAGAGGGGCAUCCUUAUGUUUAGUGGUCAUGGAAGUGUUAAAGCUUACACUGUUGCUGCUGCUGCUAAAAGAAUGCAGAGCGCAACUGAAUGUGUGCGGGAAGGCCCCUCUUAACCCACGCAUUGUAGGUGGGGAUAAAGCCCAAGCGGGCGCAUGGCCCUGGCAGGCCAGCCUGCACAGGAAUGGGUUUCACUUCUGCGGGGGAUCGCUCAUCAACAGUCAGUGGGUGCUGACGGCCGCGCACUGUUUUGAAAGCCUUGGAUAUGUGACAGUGUUUUUGGGUCGUGAGCGCCAGAUAGGUCUCAAUCCCAACGAGGUGCGCAGAGAUAUCCUGAAUUACUACAUCCAUCCCGACUACAACAUUUCAUCUUUCGACAACGACGUGGCACUUUUGCGCUUCUUCCCACCCGUCACCUUCAACGACUUCAUCAGGCCCGUCUGUCUGGCUGCAGCCACGAGCACCUUCUUUACCGGAACUGAAAGCUGGGUCACCGGAUGGGGAAACGUAUAUUACGAAGUUCCUCUGCCAUACCCACAAAACCUGAUGGAGGUUGACGUACCUGUGGUAGGAAACCGCCAAUGUUUUUGUGAGUACAGCGAACUGGUAGAAAUCACCGACAACAUGAUUUGUGCCGGCCUGAAUGAGGGGGGAAAAGGCUCCUGCCAGGGUGAUUCAGGCGGUCCCUUGGUUAGCAAACAAGAGUCCGUGUGGGUCCAGAGCGGGGUGGUGAGCUUUGCUGUUAAAUGCGCCGAGCCCAAGUUCCCAACUGUCUUUGCAAGGGUGUCCCAGUACCAGGAGUGGAUCAGCGACCGAAUCGGUGCCGACGACCUGCCGGGCUUCGUUGCCUUCACAUCAGUGGGCACCGAUCCAGACCAGGAUGUGAGCUGUCCUGGCCUCCCUACCCCUACUAGCCCCCCUUCAAGCCCCACCAUCGCCAAACCCAGCUCCUCUACCAGUCACACUACCACCGCAACAAGCCCUGGCAGCAGCCCCAUAAUAACCAUAACGCCACCCCCACUGUGCGGGAAGGCCCCUCUCGACCCGCGCAUUGUUGGUGGGGACGCGGCCCCCACGGGCGCAUGGCCCUGGCAGGUCAGUCUGCACAUGAAUGGGUUUCACUUCUGCGGGGGAUCGCUCAUCAACAAUCAGUGGGUGCUUUCAGCUGCGCACUGCUUUGGCAGCCCUGGAAUUGUAACAGCGAUUUUGGGUCGUCAGCGCCAGCAGGGUCCCAAUCCUAAUGAGGUGCGCAAACAAGUUGCGAGAAUCGUUGUCCAUCCUGACUACGACGUUUUACCCUUCGACAACGACGUAGCCCUCUUGCUCCUUUCUACGCCUGUCAGCUACACCGAAUUCAUCGGGCCCGUGUGUCUGGCUGAAGCCACGAGCACCUUCUUUACCGGAACCGAAAGCUGGAUCACCGGAUGGGGAGACGUCAAAUUCGGAGAUUCUCUGCCACCCCCACAGGACUUGAUGGAGGUUGACGUACCAGUGGUAGGAAACCGUGAAUGUUAUUGCAACUACAGCGGCGUGAUAAAUAUCACCGACAACAUGAUUUGUGCGGGCCUGAGUGAGGGAGGAAAAGGCGGCUGCCAUGGUGACUCCGGCGGCCCCAUGGUGUGCAAACAAGGGUCCGUGUGGGUCCAGAGCGGGGUGGUGAGCUUUGGAGUACCUUGCUCUGUGCCAGAGUUCCCAACCGUCUUUGCCCGGGUGUCCCAGUACCAGGAGUGGAUUAGUAAUCAAACGGGUGUCGACAACUUGCCGGGCUUUGUCACUUUCACAUCUUCAUGCACCGACCCAGACCGAGAUGUGAGCUGUCCUGGCCUGCCUCCUGCACCCACCCACCCCAUUUGCCCCCCUACCAGCCCCACAACCAAUGCAACAGGCCCACCUACAAGCCCCCCUACUAGUCCCACCACCAAUACCACCAACCCUCCUACAAACCCCCCUACUAGUCCCACCACCAAUGCCACCAACCCUCCUAUAGGUCCCACCACUUCCAACACCUCGCCGCGCCCACUGGUAUUUUGCGGAAACGCUCCUUUGAACUCACGCCUGUCAAGCCCUGGGUCGGCGUCAGCCCAGGAGGGCCUCUGGCCCUGGAUGGCCAGUUUGCACUGGAAUGGAAGUCACGUCUGCAGCGGCACUCUGGUAUCCGAGGCCGCCGUGCUCAGCAGCGCGCAAUGCUUUAACCAUUCUCACAGGUCCAGCACGCCAUCUGAGUGGACUGUCUUCUUGGGUCAUUUGAGGCAAAAUGGCUCCAACAGCUAUGUGACAGAAAUGCACGUGACAAACAUCACUACAAGUACACUGUCCGGUCAAAACGUAGCGGUCCUGCAUUUGGCUACUCAGCCAUCGCUGUCCAACUUUAUCCAACCCAUCUGCAUGGAAAGCGGGCAGACCUUCGCCAUUGGGUCCACCUGCUGGGUCGCCGGAUGGAGCGCGAGCAAUGGAGGAGAAGAGCAAGUCUCGCACGAGGUCAAUACAUCACUGAUUGACUGCGGGGACAGCUCAUCCGCUGAGAACAUUUGUACUGAACCUAUUGGGCUGGACCAGGAAGACAACGGCGGUCCGUUAAUGUGCCAGUUAGAUGGCUUCUGGUACCAAGUGGCGGUGCUGUGGUCCAACAGCAGUGGAAACAUUAGACAAGUGGGACGAGAGGCACAAAUGACAGUUUUCCGCAAACUUAAUAACUAUGAAUCUUUCUUGAGAAUGGAGAUGGGGGACUUUUUGUCACCCAGAGCCCCCACUACUGCUGCCCCCACUACUGCUGCACCCACUACUGUUGCACCUGCUGCACCUGCGACCAACACACCCCUCGCGGUCCCUACUAGCACAGUUGCUGUCCCUGGUGGCUCCUCAGCACCACAUCUCCUCAUGUGGCUUCUAGUGGGUGGCGUAGGUGUGCAUACAACCUUUUUGAUUCAAUUCAAUUUAAGGUGGAACUAAAUACUCAUUUAAUGUAAUGCAUCUCCAGCUUGUUUUCCCUGGUAACUGACUAAUCAUAUUUGCUACAGUAAUUUGUACUAGUGUUGUAAUCUUCAAGACUGGUCUUGACAUAUAAAACCACAAUAUGAGGGUCUUGGUCUUGUCUGCGUCUGAACUCCCAAAAGCUUCGGACCUGUCCUGGUCUCAGACAAGCCAGCGGGGUGGACUCCAGAUUUUAUGUCCAGACCAGCUCUUCAACUUGAUUCAUGUGAUUUUACAGAAAGACACUUGGUAAAAAAAUAACCCAUUCAAUUAUUGUGUGACUAACAUUCCACUACUCCUGUAAAUGACUGUUGUAAUCAUAACGUAACAUUUCUUUUGAAAAAUAAAAUGGGUUUUUA